AUGAGGGGCGCCCCCCGGGAACGGAGCUUCCCGCGCUUCAUCCCGGUGUAUCUGUGUCACCAGGCAGCUUCUGCUGAUAACCUGAGAACAUUCGAUGCAAACAAAACCCGAAAUGACCAGCCAGGGUGUUCAGACUUACACCUCUUGGAUAUGUUGACCCCAACCGAGAGAAAGCGACAAGGAUACAUCCACGAACUCAUUGUCACAGAGGAGAACUAUGUCAAUGACCUGCAGUUGGUCACAGAGAUCUUUCAGAAACCCCUGAUGGAGUGUGAGCUGCUGACGGAGAAAGAGGGUGCUAUGAUUUUUGUUAACUGGAAGGAGCUGAUUAUGUGUAAUAUCAAACUACUGAAAGCGCUGCGGGUCCGCAAGAAGAUGUCAGGGGAGAAAAUGCCCGUGAAGAUGAUCGGCGACAUCCUGACCGCCCAGCUGCUGCAUAUGCAGCCCUACAUUCGCUUCUGCAGCUGUCAGCUCAACGGAGCUGCCCUGAUCCAGCAGAAGACAGACGAGGCCCCGGACUUCAAGGAGUUUGUCAAAAGGCUGGCAAUGGACCCUCGAUGUAAAGGGAUGCCUCUCUCCAGUUUUAUACUGAAGCCUAUGCAACGGGUAACAAGAUACCCACUGAUCAUUAAAAAUAGGUAUAAUGCCUUCAUGCCUCAAUUUUCCCAGCAGGAAAGAGAAAGAAAUGUCAUGCCUACCACCCAUCCUCAAAAAGCCAUCAUGAAGCCAAUACCAAAAGAAAAAAAAUAG